CAUCAACAGCCGCAACAACGACCACCACCACCACCACAACGUCAACGGAGAAGAACAUUCACCCCUGAAGAAAGAAAUUUCAAUAAUUUGAUGCGUCAACAAAAUCAAGGUUUGAGAUUUUAUCCGGGCAGUAAUGGUAUACAUAUAAGGCAUCCAAAUUUAGAUAGAAGAUAUACCGCUGAGAUUCAUAUUUUACCUAAUAAUACGGUUAAUUUUGCUGGAUUUUAUGAUCAUCAUCAGGAAAUCUGGACUCCACCAUUUGAUACCGUUUUAGAAGGAGGAACCGUUAAUGAUGCGAUUCAAUAUGUAAAUAAUGGUUUUGAUACUAUGAUUCAAAGAGGUGGCCACCCUUAA